AUGACAUCACAAAACAGUGAAAACUCUGAAUAUUAUAUUCAGUUCAUUGCGGAAUCAACAACCCCAAAAGCAAUGACCCUUCAACAAAUCAGAGAAGCAACACAAAAUGACCCAACUUUGCAACAUGCUGCACACAUAAUACAGAAAAACUUAUGGCAUACGUUAGACACCACAACAUUUUCCAAAGACACAGUCAUUGAUAUUCGUGAACUAAAGUUACUCCGUAAUAUCAAAGAUGAAUUAACUGUAUCUAAUGAUAAGAACAUCAUUUUACGAGACACAGGCAUUGUUAUUCCAAAAAGCUUGCGAGCAGAUGCCAUACGUUUAGCCCAUGUUGGCCACCAAGGCAUAGUUAAAACGAAGAGCCUAAUGCGAGAAAAAGUUUGGUUCCCUUUAAUUGAUUCACUUGUCAAAUCUGCAAUCGACAGCUGUAUACCAUGCCAAGCCACUGGACGUCCAAAACCACCACAACCUCUGUUAAUGCGCGAAAUACCCAAGGAGAACUUUGACACUGUAUACAUUGACUUUUUGGGUCCGUUACCAAGUGGAGAAACACUCUUUGUCCUAAUAGAUGGACGCUCCCGAUAUCCGGUAACAAAAAUUAUGAAGAAAACGGAUGCUCCUCACCUAAUUCCAUGUUUAGACGAGAUCUUUGCCACAUUUGGAUUACCAAAAAAAGUUAUCUCGGACAAUGGUCCACCGUUUCAGAGCAAAGAAAUAAAGAAAUUCAUGGAUGACAAUGGCAUUCAACACAAAACAAUCACUCCAUUAUGGCCACAAGCAAAUGAAAGCGAAACUUUCAUGAAACCACUGAUGAAAGCCAUUCGUACUGCUCAUCUGCAAAAGCAAAACUGGCGCCGCACCAUGCAGGAAUUCUUAUUAAAUUACAGAGCUACUCCCCAUACCACAACUCAAGUUGCACCGGCCACACUCAUGUUUGGUAGGAACACCCGCACAAGAUUACCUCAGACUGACACUAAAACCGACAAGAAUGCCCUUGAUCAUUCCGUCGAACAACGCGAUAAAGAACAACGACAACGCAUGAAAGAAUACGCAGAUCGACAGAGACAAAGUAAGACGACAACCAUGAAUAUUGGUGAUUAUAUACUCGUAAGACAACAAAAGCACAACAAAUUUACCCCGAAUUUUGAUCCCAAACCGCUACGAAUAAUCACAGUAAAAGGAACGAUGAUUACUGCAGAAAGACCAGGAUUCGCUAUUACUAGAAACCAAUCGUUUUUCAAACCUAUUAAAACAACUGGGCUGUCUUCUGAAGAUGAGGAGGAAAUGGAAGAUAGUGAUGAACAUGAAGAACAACGUGAUAUUGGAGACAAUGAAAAUAACAACAAUCACAACCGAGAUGAACAACAAAAUCUAGAACGACAAUAUCCAAGGAGAGAACGAAGAAGGCCGAACUAUUAUCAUUAA